AUGGAAGGAGGUCGGACUGAUCAGAACGAGGGAGGUGGAAAGGGCAGCGUUUGCGUGACGGGGGCCACAGGAUUCAUAGGAUCAUGGCUGGUUAUGAGGCUUCUCCAACGAGGUUACUAUGUUCAUGGAACUGUGCGCGAUCCCGCGGACCAUGGUAAGGUGAAGCAUCUUCUGGAAUUGCCGAAAGCCGGCACGCAUCUGAGCUUGUGGAGAGCAGAUUUGAAGGAAGAGGGAAGUUUUGACGAUGCUAUUCAGGGAUGUGUUGGAGUCUACCAUGUCGCUUCCCCUAUGGACAUAUCGGUUAAGGACGCCGAGAAUGAAAUGAUAAAACCAACAGUAAAUGGAAUGUUGGACAUCAUGAGGGCCUGCACUAAGGCCAAGAGCGUUAAGCGGCUUAUCUACACUUCAACCACCGGAACCAUUUCCACUGGGCCACAACCGCCUCCGCUUGAGUUUGAUGAGAGCUUCUGGACUGAUAUAGACUACUGCAAGGCUCAAAAGAUGACUGCAUGGAUGUAUUACGUUGCUAAAACCACAGCGGAGAAAGUUGCAUGGGAAUUCGCCAAAGAGAAAGGCCUUGAUCUUGUCACCAUUCAUCCCCCUUUCGUGAUUGGUCCUUUUAUUUCACCUUCCUUGUCAGUUGGUGCUAAAAUUUCACUUGCCUUGCUUACUGGAGAUGAACGCAGCUAUGUGCUCUUGACUCGAGGACAAGCUGUGCAUGUAGAGGACCUGUGCAAUGCUCAUAUAUACCUGUUUGAGCAUCCAGAAGCAAGGGGACGAUACAUUUGCUCCUCUCAUUGUUUUGAGAUCACAGAGCUCGCUAGGUCAUUGAGCAACAAGUAUCCAGAGUACAAUAUCCCAACCAAAUUUGAGGGUAUGGAUCAAUUCCCGAAACCCGUUCCGCUCUCUUCUAAGAAACUAUUGGACCUUGGAUACAAAUUUCAGUACAAUUCGGAGGAAUACGACAUUGGGGAUGUGUGUGCUGAAGCCAUUGAAUCAUGCAGAGAGAAGGGGCUUCUGCCACUUCCGGCUGACAAGUAA